GUGUGUGUGUGUUGACAGUCCAAAAAUCAUCAUCUCUUCCAUUGAACCCAAUUUAGCUUCUAGCCCUGCUACGGUAUGUGAAGUUGGCAAAAUGGUGGCUUAAGUUAUUAAACUGAGCAGUUUUAAUCAUUGGUUGCAGGAAUUCAAGGUUGGCAGAGAGGAGUGGAUUAACACGAUGCACAAAGCCUUCAUAUCCUCUCUGAUCUGUGGGCCAGAGCCUGCUGUCAGCCACAGCCUGCCUCUCUCUCUCUGUCUCGUUCUCUCUUUCUCUCUCUUGCUCUCUCUCUCUCUCUCUCUCUCUCUCUCUCUCUCUCUCUCUCGUGAUCCCUUCCUUGCUCUUUCUCCCUGAUGCCAUCGUCUACUAUCUGUUGCUCUCCCUCUCCAGCUAACUUUCUUCCUGUCCAUCUCUCUCUAUCUCUUUGGAUCUCAAUGGGAUGGUGCUGGCUAUAGCUGUCGCUCUCUCCCUCUCUGAUUCUCUUCAUCCCUUUUUUUCAUUGUCUUCCAUCAUCCCUCCAUCCUAAGGCUCUGGCUCCUCCGGCCGGUGCCCUGUCAUUUUUCCCGUGGGCGGCAGCGAGAUAUGAAGCGUCGCCAUGGGUUUCAUGGAAUUCUACUUGGAGAUUGACCCCGUGACCCUGAACCUCAUCAUCCUGGUGGCCAGCUACGCCAUCCUCCUCCUUGUCUUCCUCAUCUCCUGCAUCCUGUACGACUGCCAGGGGAAGGACCCCACCAAGGAGUACGCCCCCGCGCCCCCCGCACCCCCCAGCCAGUCGCCCAUACGCCUUGUGGUCAUGCAGAACUCUCCUGCCUCGUCUCGCUAUGAGCAGCAGAAUCAGAACAACAUGGCUGGUCCAGAACCCAGCAGAAAGCCAGAACCCAGCAGGAACCUGGAACCCAGCAGGAACCUGGAACCCAGCAGAAAGCCAGAACCCAGCAGGAACCUGGAACCCAGCAGGAAGCCAGAACCC